ACCCCUUUAAGAGCCGUGGGAUGCGACGUGUGGCGUCCAACCCUGUCCAAGAACCCGCUGGGGGAGGAGAGUCUAGAUGGACAUAUAGAUAGGCCAAAUAAAUAAACAAACGGCAGGGGGAAGGAGAAGAGGAAUUUCCCUUCUGUCUUUUCCUGUUCCCGAGCACCUUCCUCUGCGCAGUGCUGGCGACACCAGCGGAGAGAGGAGCGCAUUUUCUGUCGGCGUGAAGGAGAGGAUCACAAGCGGCGUUUCUUAACCGAUCACAGACGAAAGAAAACCCGCAGUCUAAUAGGAUAUUGCGGCUUCUUCUUUUAUUUUGAAAGCUUCUUUUAACGCACUGACGCGGGAGGAAAGGCAGCCAAACCUGAUGCCCCCUCCAACCGGAAUAUUUGACCGACCUAUGGAGUGUUGAUUCACGCUCCGUCGUUUUCUAAAAUUUUACCUGUCCAUCAGAGGAGCCUUUCUUAUUUAUUAUUUUUAAUUUUAUUUGGCGUACAUUUUUUCAAAUAAUAACAUCGCGGUGAGAAAAUUGCUUUCAUAGCCAGCUGAGUGUUACAUAACCGGGUGGCUUUAGCUGUCCAAGGUGCUGAACCGAACGGUCGUAGCCAGUAACGGGACGAGCGGUGGGGGAAUUCACAAACCUUGCAAGGUCACAGGCCUAUCAGUCGGAAAGAGGAAAGCGCUGGAUCCCGUCUCACCGAAGCACCGUGAAGCCGCUGGGUUAUACGCAUACUAUAGACAUUUCUUUUGUUUGCGUCGCCUGUAGUGAAAUAAUUUCCUGAGGUGGUCGAUUGAGAAGAGAGAAAAUGUCGGGGCAAACGCUCACAGAUCGCAUUGCCGCUGCGCAAUACCAGCUAACGGGAUCGGAUAUGGCCCGGGCUGUCUGCAAAGCCACCACUCAUGAAGUGAUGGCGCCCAAGAAAAAGCACCUGGAAUACCUGGUGUCAGCCACUAAUACCACCAACGUGAACAUCCCUCAGAUGGCCGACACUCUGUUUGAGCGAGCCACCAAUGCCAGCUGGGUGGUCGUCUUCAAGGCCCUCGUCACCACUCAUCACAUGUGUGUCCACGGCAAUGAGAGGUUCAUUCAGUACUUGGCUUCCCGGACCUCUCUGUUCAACCUCAGCAAUUUCAUUGACAAAACCGGCUCUCACGGCUAUGACAUGUCUACAUUCAUCAGGCGGUACGGCCGAUACCUGAAUGAGAAAGCCUUUGCUUACCGCCAGAUGGCAUUCGACUUCACCAGGGUCAAGAAAGGUGCCGAGGGAGUGAUGAGAACCAUGACCACUGAGAAGCUACUGAAAGGCAUGCCUGUUCUUCAGACUCAGAUUGACACACUCCUGGAAUUUGAUGUUCAUCCCAAGGAGCUGAAUAACGGGAUCAUCAAUGCUGCAUUCCUUCUUCUCUUCAAGGACCUGGUCAAACUCUUUGCAUCGUACAAUGACGGGAUCAUCAACCUACUAGAGAAAUUCUUCAAGAUGAAGAAAAGUGAUUGUAAGGAGGCACUGGAGAUCUACAAGAGGUUCCUGACCCGGGUCACAAAGAUCGGGGAAUUCAUGAAGCUGGCUGAGACAGUUGGAGUUGACAAAAACGACAUUCCUGACAUCAACUAUGCUCCCAGCAGUAUCCUGGAGUCUCUGGAAACACACAUGAAUGGCCUGGAGGAUGUAAAAGGUGGAAAGAAGGGUGAAGGGUCUCCAACAAAGGGGUCUCCAACAAACAACGUGUCUCCAACAUCAACUCCCGCCAAAUCUUCAAACGCUGUUCCCACACUGCAGCCUCCUCCCGGGGAAACUGCUGCCGGUGCAGCCGCUUCAGCUGCCCCCGAACCAGCCGAAGACUCUUUGUUGGACCUGGAUCCACUCUCUUCUUCUGGGCCCUCCGCACCGUCAGCUGCACCCACAUCUUGGGGAGAUCUUCUUGGAUCAGAAAUGGGCGAUUCCUUGCUAUCCGAACCCACCCUCACAGCAGAGUCCGCCUCCUCCCCUGCAGCAGCAACGCCCACUCCUGCAGCGGCAGAACCUGGAGUCUCUCUAGCUCCUCCCACUAGCACAGCAGCCGCCACCUCCCCUGGCGCCGCCAAUAUGGAUCUGUUGGGAGAUGCCUUUGCAACACCUGCUCCUGCCGCUGAGGCCCCUGCAGCUGAUGGUGCGGCUGCUGCUACGUCCACCCCAGCCACCAACGCUGGAGCUGAGUCCACAGGAGGAGACGCCCCGGCUGCUGCUGCUGCUGCUCCUGCCUCCGGUGCUGAGCUGAUGUCAGUAUUUGAUGGCCUAGGGGAUGUAAUGAAGCCGACUCUGACCCCUCAGGCGGGGGAUGUUGACACCUCCAUGGCUAACAUGGCAAGUAAUCUCUCAAUGGGAACGUCAGCGGCCCCUCAGGUAGCUCCCCCCAGUUGGGGUGCUCCCAUGACUGGGGCACCGGGCGCUGGAGCUCCCAUGAUGCCCAUGACGAGGCCAGGCUUCCCUGCCACCGGAGCGAGCCCCGGAGCACCGAUGUCUCCUGGAGUGGCCCAGAGCCCCAGAAAGCCUCCACCCCCCAGGAACGCUCUGGAUGACCUCAAUAUUAAGGACUUCAUGUAGACCGACUGACCCAUUAACCCACAAGGUUUGUCAUUGUGUCUGGAGCUCUGUGGAUGUGGAUGUCUGCACACCUCCCUGCCCCUUCAGCCAACCAGCCAUCAGACCCCGAAAAAAAAAGAAACCUGCCCUCCUUAUCUAAUGUUGUAGCACAACUGUGAAUGUGAACCCUAGAUACAAUUUACGUGUGUGUGGGUGUGCGUGUAAUUCAGUGUUAACCUUUACUUAAUAUACUAAGGAAAAACUAACAAAAAAAUAAAUGUGUAUUUAGAUUCAGUCUGGAUUUUGGCGUAUCAGCUGACUUGCAAUGGUGGAUAUAUGUUGGUUUCUUUGCGCAUCUCCCAGACGAGGACUGUGUUGUUAAAUGUGGACUGUGUUCAGUGUAACUUCACUGGCCAACCUCCCCUCCCACUCCCACUCCAGUAUCCCUGUUGUCUGAACUAAUACGGAGCUAUGUUUAAUGUCAUUGAAGACUCGGUUGUACCUUUAUCUGCUUGGCCAUCCAUCCCACCUGUCUACUUCAAGUUUUUGGAAAUCUCAGUAUCAAAAUGUACCUUAACGCAACUUGCACUGCGAAUCUGGACUUAUCAUUGAACACGAUGAAGACGUGUUCAGUUUUAUUUUUACUUUAUCUUACUUUCUAGGGAUGGUAUGAAACAUGCAAAAAUGUGAACAAUGUUCAAAUUGACAUAUGCAUUUUAGACUGUUUUAAAUGAUAGAUUAUACAUAUUUUCUGUAUUUUAAGUGGAAAAAAAGUGUAUCAUAUAUUUUUAGUUACAUUCAAUUAUGUGGUUUGAAAAAAAACAACAAGUAGACAAAAAUGUUUCCCGUUUUCUUUCUUUCUUUUUUUUUUUUGUACAUACCCGAACCCCUCAAUCUGUAUUAAGAGACUGUAUUGAAUGACAAUGUUGCCCAGAGUGUGUACUGUUGCGCCCUUUGCUGGUGGUGGAUGAUACUGCAUUGUAAUGAUCUGGGAGUCGUUCUAAAACUCUCAAAGAGCUCCUUUCCUUGUCUCCUCAAAAGAUGAGUUCAUGUCAGAGCCGAAAUUCAAGAGAAAAGGAAGUAAUUGGGUAUUGUGAUUAAAACAGGGCCUCAGCUCUUUUUGUGACGCAGCAGCGGUCGGUGCAUUUGUUCUUGUACCGUCCCUGAAGUCUAUGAGACUCAUUGUAAAGCACUCAAGUAUACGCUGGAUGUUCUGUGUGUUGUUUAUUUCCAAAAAGUGACUGUAUCUUACUCCAUUGUGGCAUUAACAAAGUGUUGACAGAAAAAUAAAGAUGACUAUGACACGGAAGAACAAAAAGAACGUGGAUAAAUAUUGUUUGCUAAGUAUUGACGAAGGCUGACUUUUUUGUUCUUUUUUAAUAUUAUUACUAUUAUGGAUGGCAUCGUUCUCCUCUCCCCCCCUCAGCCCCACCUGCAUGUGAGUCCAAAUGAGAUGCAAUAAAAGACAAAUACACAGAUCCAAA